AUGGAAGGAGAAGACCUUGAAGACGUCAUGAAGCGCCACUUGGGAUGGUCCGAGAAACAGACGCGCAUCUUGACUGGGGGUGGAAGAGCCGAUGUCUUGUACACGGCAGACCGUGGGUUUCCCUUUGAGACAACCGAACUACCUCAUCAUCACUUACUCCAAGGUGACACUCAGUCCGUGUUUCGAGAUUGGAAGACGACUGCUACACCUGGCGCCGGAAGCAAACGUUCGCGCGAAGAAGAAGAUGUUCCCAUUGCGGGUGCAUGGACCCGUCUCUUGUUCUUUGGUGGUUGGGAACACACAUCCAUCAAGGAUGAACGGACGUUUAAUCUGCAAACGAAUAAUCUAUUUAUUGACUUGAGGAUUCCAAGGACUCGCGAGGCUGUGAUUGCUCCUGGCAAGACGUCAUUGCAGGACCUUUCCAAAGAGGAACUUCGAUUCUACGCUAGGCAACACGUCUUUGCUGGUUACACUCGAGUCGACAAGGGAACCAAGCAGUUUGAGAAAGACCUGGUUUGUACCCGGCAUCAUUGUAUCGAUUGGAACUUUGUGGGGACACCCAGAAGUAGACCCAACAAGUGGUAUGCCGAGCUGCAACCAGCAACAACAAAUAAUAGUGAUGUGGUCAGGACUUGGAAAGAAUGGACCUUUGCCACGGAUGAACGAGGACAGCACUACUAUUGUGAACAAUGGGACCGACUUGCGGAUGGCGCGGCUGCAUCCAUGGUGGCAUUGAGGAGGAAAAAGAGGAAUGGCAAGGACGACCAACGAGAUGGAAUCAUUUUGAUUGUGGGCGAUCACUUCAACUACAUUCUGGGACGUGAUCUCUCAGCAAUCUCUGUGGAAAAGCAACAGGAAUACACUCAAAACUGUUCUUCUUUGGUGGCAAUUGUAGAUGCCGCCCUCCAUCAAGACGAUUUAGAUGCUGCAAGAGCUUUUCUCUCCAUUCAAGGAGGACACGGCCGUAUUUCCAAGGGAUGGAACAUUGAUUGUGCUAUUGAGCCCUGGAAAGAAGGAACGGCGCUUUGGACGCAAGCAGACAAGCUAUUGCUGACGGGAGAAGAUGCAAAGAGCAACUCCUGUGAGUUUACGUGGAAUGGACAGGCUUGGGAACUCUUUGAUACAAAUCUAUCAAGUGCUGCGGAUGUGAAAAAGCUUCUGACUGGUAACAGGAAUUUACCAUCUGAACCAACUGGGCUGUCGUUGUCUGUCGGGACGUUUCGAAUCCCCAUCCUGGCCACCUUGCUCCUCGCUGGUGGUGGCUGCGUCGUCUAUGUUGGUGGUCGCUUGCUCCUCCACCUGCCCCUCGAUGGUAGUGUCAGGUUGCUCCUCCGUGGUGGCGGGUUGCUCCUCGGUGGCAACGGCUUCCUCAGGGCUACUGGGUGCUUGCUCACCAGUAUCACCAGUGCUGGGGGGGCAUCAAAGGCACUAGUUUCAGCUCCUUCUGAGACGACCUCUUCCUCGGUGGUUGGCUCCAAGGCUGGCAAUUCCUUUUCCUCAGUUGUUUCCUCAUCGUCAGUCUUGAACACUUCAGAGGGGCCUUCUUCGGCGUCAAAACACUUGGACAUGAGUUGGGACUUGGACAGUUCUAAGAGUGACGUCAUCGGAAGAUCCAGAUCUGCCAUACUGUCCCUCGGUUUCAAUGCCAUCAAGAGUUGGGAUUGGGUUUGUUCCAAAAGUGGCGGUAGUUCAUCCCUAUAUUUAGUAAAGGAAUUGUCAGACACUGCUCUGGGUCAAUCGCUGCACAGUUCCGCUCAUGGCGAAAGCAGUGGCGGAGGAUGAGAAGCCAAAGGUCAGCAGCGGAGGGCUGGUUCGGCAUCUGGUGGGGUACAACCCGACAAACCACUCAUGGUGCUCAAAGUCACUUCGAUUCACUUUGUCAAGUUUGACUCGACUCAUGAAACCAAACCCCUGAACAGCUUUAUGAGUGCGACAAAGGCCUCAGUUCCAGCCACUACCCCAACCAGCAGAACAUAUCUCAUGUCUUUAUUAGAUGGAAUACAACUGGGCAAGCCCAGAUAGAGUAUAUGCAGAACUUCUACAUGUAUGCAUGUAAUAGCCCAAUCUUCCUUUUCUUCAAAUCAGCUCCUCCUCUGUCUUUUACUGCCCCUCCACCUCGUCAUGUCCGCCCGUUUGCGGUUGUGGUUGAAACUGACUCGGCAUUCCUUCGGACGCUUUGGUACUUCUAGCCAUCUCUUGUCUUUUCCUCUGUUGGUGUUGUAAGUAUCGAGGGCGGAAAUAGAUGAGACAAUUCCAGAAUCCUUGGAGUGGGUACGCAAUGACAAUGAAAAGCUGGAUCCACGCAGGAGUUUCUAGUUGGGGGUUGAUGUAAUAGGCCGCCGUCCAGAUGAAACUUGGGACCUGUGUGACAAAAUAGGCGGCUGCAUAGAGAAAGGCUUGAGUGGUGAUAAGUUGCAUGGGAUUGGUGGUGGGGGUGGAUCGGUUUUCAGUGGUAGAAGAUGACAUUGUAUUGGAACCACCGGUGGCACUGGCCGCGUGGUCUUGUGCUUGACUUUUACGAAUGGCAGCUUCUCCGUAUCUCUGAGUUCUUCUGAAUUGCCCGCUUGCUUUCCACCACAAAAAGGUCAUGCUGACAACCAGCACAAUGCAGGCCACCCAUUGCCAAAGGACAGUUGCCAACAGUGCGAAAUGGAUAUCGAUAAGGGUGCACCAGCGUACGGCAUUACCAAUCUUGCCUUGAACGAGCGCGAUAAUGGAGGUUGUGACACCGAAGAUCAAAGCCACGGCAUGGCCGGUCAUUUCAUAAGGGAAAAUCCGGGUUUCGGGCCAACUAUAAACCACCACCGACGCAUAAUAAAUGCCCAAGAAGGCGUUGUAGUAAGGGGUAGGCGCAAAGAGCACUUGGACAAAGCCUUGAGCGAGGCAUGUCGCCUCAUUCCCCGAAGCCAACCAAGGUGCAUUGGGAUCGUCCUUGGGAAUCGGCCACGUUGAAAGAAACAUGGUCAAAGAAUAGAAGACAUCGCCAAAGCCAAUGCCGAACAUGAGCCGAUGAUAGGACUUGCGAAAAUUGGCACGAGGAUCUUUUAGAAUGGUCCAACAAAUGAGACAAGAACCAAUCAUUGACAAUCCACCCGUGAAUUUUGGCACCAGAACUAAGGACUUCUCUAACGGGGUUGCCAUGAUGGAUCGAUCUUUUAGGAAGUAGUUAUAUCGGUACUAAAUAUAGUAAGAUACUGGCAGCGGUGUACUCGAAUAGCCGGUCUGACACCGAUGGCUUGGAGC